UCCACCAAGCCCUUCACUAAGACAUAAUCGUGUCUCUGCAUACCCAGGCACUAUCUAGCCAUGCAGCCCAUUGAGAUCACAGAGCUCAAUUACCUACUUCCUUCAAACCAAAGUCUAUAUCCUACUCAUUUUGGAAUGAGUCACAACACCCCUGAAUUUCAACUAAGCAGACUUUGUAACCCUCCAUAUUAUCUUCAGAUCGCUCCCAAUGUUCAAGAACUCAAUUCGAAAGCAACAUGUUUCAGCAGCAACUCAACAUCUGAUGAAGCUGAUGAGCAGCAAUUAAGCCUGAUAAUUGAGAGGAAACAGAGAAGAAUGAUAUCUAACCGAGAGUCUGCAAGGCGGUCACGCAUGCGCAAACAAAAGCAUCUGGAUGAGCUUUGGUCUCAAGUGGUUUGGCUCCGGAAUGAGAAUCACCAGCUCCUAGAAAAACUAAACCAUGUAUCAGAGCGCCAUGACCAAGUAAUUCAAGAGAAUGGUCAACUAAAAGAAGAAAAUUCAGAACUUCGCCAAAUGAUCACAGAGCUGCAGCUUAAUAGUCCUUAUCCUAGCUUAAAGGAUCUUGAUGGUGACCACUUUCAUGAUUGAUCUUAAACUGCACAAGUACUUCAAUAUGUUGCAAAUUCCACAAUCAUGGCCAGUUAAGAUGAAUUUUAUGGUUCAGUAUUACCCUUUACUGCUUUUGUCGUUGAAAUGAAGGGCCUUCAUAUAUUUAGUUUUGCCUUUGUCUCUCCUUCUCUUCUGUGCUAUCCUAUUCAAUAAGGAUUUCAUUCUAGCAGUAGAUAGAAAGAGGUAAACUUUCCAAGUAUUUCAAGUAUUAGAUUUCAUUAUGGCAUUAGAUUUUGUAAGUUACUGGUGUUAUUAAGGUGUAAGGUUAUAACUUAUAA